GCAGAUGGAGCUGGACCAGAGGACGACCGGCGGCCUCCACGCCUACCCCGCGCCCCGCGGCGGGCCGGUGGCCAAGCCCAACGUGAUCCUGCAGAUCGGGAAGUGCCGGGCGGAGAUGCUGGAGCACGUGCGGAGGACCCACCGGCACCUGCUGACCGAGGUGUCCAAGCAGGUGGAGCGGGAGCUGAAGGGACUGCACCGCUCGGUGGGCAAGCUGGAGAGCAACCUGGACGGGUACGUGCCCACGGGCGACUCACAGCGCUGGAAGAAGUCCAUCAAGGCCUGCCUGUGCCGCUGCCAGGAGACCAUCGCCAACCUGGAGCGCUGGGUCAAGCGGGAGAUGCACGUGUGGCGGGAGGUCUUCUACCGGCUGGAGAGGUGGGCCGACCGCCUGGAGUCCAUGGGCGGCAAGUACCCGGUUGGCAGCAACCCCUCCCGCCACACAGUCUCCGUAGGUGUUGGGGGUCCCGAGAGCUACGGCCAGGAGGCUGACACCUACGACUACACCGUCAGCCCCUAUGCCAUCCCCCCACCACCGGCCGCAGGCGAGCUGCCCGGACAAGAGGCGGUGGAGGCCCAGCAGUACCCACCCUGGGGGCUGGGAGAGGACGGGCAGCCAAGCCCUGGCGUGGACACGCAGAUCUUCGAGGACCCGCGGGAGUUCCUCAGCCACCUGGAGGAGUACCUGCGCCAGGUGGGCGGCUCCGAGGAGUACUGGCUGUCACAGAUCCAGAACCACAUGAAUGGGCCGGCCAAGAAGUGGUGGGAGUACAAGCAGGGCUCAGUGAAGAACUGGGUGGAGUUCAAGAAGGAAUUCCUGCAGUACAGCGAGGGCACGCUGUCACGAGAGGCCAUCCAGCGUGAGCUGGACCUGCCGCAGAAGCAGGGAGAGCCACUGGACCAGUUCCUGUGGCGCAAGCGGGACCUGUACCAGACGCUGUACGUGGAUGCCGAGGAAGAGGAGAUCAUCCAGUACGUGGUGGGCACCCUGCAGCCCAAGCUCAAGCGCUUCCUGCGGCCCCCGCUGCCCAAGACCCUGGAGCAGCUCAUCCAGAAGGGCAUGGAAGUGCAGGACGGCCUGGAGCAGGCGGCCGAGCCCGCCAGCCCCCGCCUGCCCACCGAGGAGGAGAGCGAGGCCCUCACGCCAGCCCUCACCAGCGAGUCUGUAGCCAGUGACCGGACCCAGCCCGAAUAG